AUGGGUCAAAGUUCAUCAUCAACGGCAUUUCAGAAUUCAACCCAGCCAUUAUUCUCCAGCCGCAGAAGUCACCACAAGCCAUCUUCUCCUAUCGCUGCUCCAGCUGCAGUGGCACCAGCUGUGGCACCAGCUGUGGCACCGACUCCCAAGUCCCCGACGUAUAUCGUGGCUGAGAACAAAGUUCUUCCCAGUGGAGUCAACGACAUGAGCCGUGCUCGAAAACUUCUACGACCUGUGUCGCUGGAACUUUCUAAAGUUCAUCCUGAAUUUGCGGAUAUAUUUCAGAAGCCAUCAAAUGAAGCUCUGGACGGAGGCAGUUCUUCAAUAGACGAAGGUCUGAACGUGAGCAAUGAUAACAAAGAGAACUCUUCUGUGUCGCUCAACGCGUCAAGAAGCCUGGCGGACAACAAAACGAUCAUAAACGAUAGAGCAGGUCACUUUCGUAAGCAGUCCAUCUCAAGUGAAGACAUUUCAGACUUGUAUAAGAACAGGCCCACACUGUUCGAUCCAGUAAACGAUCGCUACAAUGAAGACUUUGAUGGUACUACGCCAAACAAAAAUGUUAACAUGGCUUCGAAUUUAAUGCGUUCUCAUUCCAUGGGGUUGUCCGCAUCACAGCCGGUUAAUCUGCCAAAACAUAAACGUCAGAUAUCCCUGGCUAGCAAUCCUAUCCAAGAACACGUAAUCCCGGAGGAUCCACGAGAGCAUUUGUACAACCCAGCAAGGGAUGUGCCCUUUUCCAACUUCGAGCCGAGCAUGACGUCGUUGCCAGUAAAGAGCUCGUUUGAUAUAGACUACUCAAUGCAGCUCACCUACGCACAGUUGGCCGAGUAUCGGAGAAUUAAGAGGACCAGUGAACUCGAAGAAAGAACCGGAAAGAUGCUGGGAGAGCUGGAAGCAGAGAUCAGCGCCAGCAGUAAUGUACCCAAAUCGCCGUUUGAUCUUCAGAACCGUGGUGUCAGGAGCAGCACCCACAGUGUAAGCACCCGCAGUUCGGAUACAGGCAUCAGCAAGUCUAAGAAGAAGAAGGCACCGGCUCCCCCUGUACCACAGCCCGCGACCAAGAUCGGUUCUGUAACCACUGAGCCUCCACCUGACUACGACACAAAAGACAGUCCGGCUGUAAAUUAUCUGCAGCAGGCCAAGUUCUUGCAAAGGCGUAUAUCCUCAGCUUCUAAAAGUUCCAAACCUCCAGCUCCUCAACCGUUUCUCAAAAGCACGUCCACUGUCAGUUUAUCAAAACCGGGAUCGACUGCAAGCCCAACAGUUCUGUCAGCUAGGGAUCUACCAGAGUCUUCUGCCACACUUCCUAGAACUGCACCCGUUAAAGGUCAAAUUCCUGAAGUAUCCACAGUUGGACUUGCCGUGAAGUCAACCGUUCUGGUUCAAGAGAGCAUCGCGCAGGCAAAAGCGCAGAUAGAAGCGAUGAAGAAACUACGAGAUAUUCUGAAUCAACCUGCGUCAACAGAAGCUAUGAUCACAAAGAACGAGAUGAGCAAUGCUUCUGUUGGUGAUUCAGAAGAUGCUUUAGCAGAUCUGAUUAACGUUGUAGAAACAGAAACAGCACUAAACAAUGACAGAGUCUCAAAAGAAGCCAGUGGAUAUGAACCAUCUCAGACUGAAAAUAUAAAGCGGAAAGAAAUUCUGACAGACGUACGCCAAACAAAACUGGAUCAGUCUGAACUACAACGGGUACAGCCACAUCAUUCAGAAAACGACAGCUCAUUAGAAGCGAAUGUGGUAUCUCAUACCAUAUCCACUAUCUUUCCUGAAGACAAAGAAACCACUAAAAGAAUUGAUCCUCUGCUGCAAAAGGACAUAAUCUUUGCGGCCUUAGCUCGAAAAACUAAAUCUGAAAUCCGGGAAACAACUUCUAACCUCCCGAAAAGUCCACCUAGUGAGUCUCUAGCAGAAAAAGCAGCAAGAACUACGACAGAAGUAGCCCAACACAACGAUAGUGCUAGCAACACAGUACGAUCAGAAAACUACAUAUUACACACCCACGAAGAGAAAGGCAUCCUACGCCCAGCUGUUCUUGCAGAAACCAAGAAUUUGGUAUCGUCUGAUUUUGAAAACAGAUCAUCGACUACCAUCUCAAUCAAGAGUGCUGAGUUCUGGAAAGCCGCCCCUGCAGCAAGUUCACAUGACAAAUACAUCGAUAAACUACCACAGCUAGACAACAGUCUUGAUCAAGAGGACCGAUCCAGUUCUAUGAGUGUCGACUUUUCUAAACGAUCUUCCAUACAGUCAGAGAACAUGAGCAUUAGCAGUUCCAAUGCAAGUGGGCGAGUCUUCUCCCCUGACUGGGCACCCGAGCAUGACCUAGAUUCCGAGGAUGACAUUAUGGACAGCAGUUACGUCAAAACUGAACGAAAAGUUUCAUCUGAAGGAUUUAAAGUAUCAGUAGUGCCUCCUAAAGUCGGAGACCUCUACGAAACCACAAAGAACAAAAGCCACAAGAGAAGCAAGAAAAGAAAAGACACGAAAGAAGCUGACAUCUCUCCUACAAACGACAAGUCUAAAUUUGGUAGUCUCCGAAAGUUUAAGAAGAAUGUCCAUCAAGGCGUGAAAAACGCUUUUGGGUCCAUAAGCAAAGCAUCAGGGACAAUUUUAAACAAGCAAAAAUCACAGGAUCUGCAGGACAACACAGACUCUAGUUCUUACAGACGAUCGGCCGAGUUUUCUAACGAUGUAUCCGCAUCCUUCAGGAAUCCCAACUGGACAUUAUCUCGUAGUGUGGAUGAAUCCUUACAUCGACGCACUCUUAGUGAUGGAUUCUUCAACCAGCGUUCCGUUAACAUUCUAGAACAUUCCGACGUGUCAGAUCAUUCAGAAGACGAUCUCGGUGAUAUCGAUUUCGCUGGAGGUUUAAACGAUCUUCCAAAGAGAGACUCAAACUCCCGCCGACCGAAAUCUGCUGAGGGAAGAGAGAUUGUGCGUAAGCGAACUGGCGAUGAGCAAGCGAACUCCAAGAGACAGAUAGUUACUGCAGAAUACCAUGGAGCAGCUCAAAGAGAAUAUCGUGGAGAAAAUCCUUACUUGAAAGUGAAUGCUAACGCCAUGGAGGAUGCUGGAGAGGUUCAUGAAUAUUCGUCGAAAUCCCACAAAGAAAAGAAGCAGGAUAUGAAAGAGUCAGCCUCAAGAAAGCAGGAGAACAAUAAACUAGAGGUUGUCUUGGCUAAGAUGAUUGCAGAAAAAGAGCUGCAGUAUGAAUCUGAAAUAUUGCGACGUCAGGAGAUAGAAAACAGCUUCAGACGUCUGAGAGAUCUCGAGGAUAAGGAGCUGUUGCAGCGGCUUCAGAAGGAGGUGACACACGAAGAAAUCAGAAAGCUGCAACAACAACGGCUUCUCGUUCAGACUGCCAAUGAGACGAACAACAAUGACUUCAGAAUGUUCUCUUUGAGCAAGUCCAACUCGGAGACAACAGAAUUCCCUUUGAAUAACAGUCCUGCAAAUAACCUGAAUUCAUCAUCUACGGAAGUCAGUUCCAGUAAUCAACCUAUUAUUUUAACCCCUUUAAACAAUUUAGGUGAGACCUCCAGUACUGUAAGAAGUAACACUGGCUAUGUAAAUGCUAACCAGCUAUCUUUACCAUUUCAAUACCUUGCCAAUGGCAAUGUCUCCUUUCUUCAGACUGGCUAUUUGGAUAGUCCAAUCAACUUUCAGAACAUUAUUGGUGUUCAACAGAGCUGCAACUUGCCAUCCUUAUCCACGACUGCUAUUGGUCAUUCAGUUUCUCCAGUUGCAAUAACAAACGUCAACUAUGUGCCACCAUUUCUGUCUGGGGGCGGGUUUAGUGACGGAUUCACCAACCACACAAUCCCUAAGUUAACACAACAAGAACUUAUUUACCUUGGCCAAUACAUGAGAAUGAUUGGUGUGCCACCUCCCGCCAAUCACCACGAAUGGGCGGUGUUACUGAAUUCUGUUGGCUACAAGACAUCAACACUACCUCUCACUGGUCAAAACCCUCGCCCAAUGUCGUUUCCUGUAGCAAUAAACAACGCCGAUCUUUCAAGUUUAUUGAGAAACAAGAAUUCCCAAAACGACCAUACAUCAAAGCUAAAAUGGCAGAUCGCAGACAUAACCCCAAGCCAACAGCCUGGACAGUCAAACAAACCGCCACACAAAAUACUCAAUAGCAACGAAACUACAACAAUUUCCCAGCAACUUCAGAACUUCACAGACAAUCCAUCACUAACGCCUGAAUAUUCUCAGGAUGCAUCAUCAUUCAACAAUAAAAAAGACACUACUGUUAUUCAAGUUACUGAAACAUUUUCCGAACCUCCACACAGCGCGUCUUUGCCAUCUACAGAAGCAUCCGUUACGGUCAACCCAACUAAAUCCGUUAUUACUAUUAAUCAGUUGCCAACCUUGGCGGGACAUCAAGUCAACACAUCAACAGACACGAUAACUAAAUCUGAUUCCCAGAUUGUGAACAGUGAGAACUUUCCACAAACUGUUACAGUUGCCUCAGGAACUCUCACGAGAACUAAUAUUUUACCAGCCAAAGUGUAUUCCCCUCUCGGGUUCCGACCAGUUGCCUUCAACCCUAGCCCGCGAUGA